CCGAGGGGCGGGGGACGCGGGCAAGGCCGGCCAUGGAGGCCCUGCGGAGGGCCCACGAGGCCGUGCUCCGGCUGCUGCUGUACCGGCCCUGGGCCUCGGGCGCCGCCUCCCGCCCGAAGCCCCGCGCCUCGGAGGUGCUGACGCUGCACCUGCUGCAGCGGCGUCUCCCGCACUGGACCUCCUUCUGCGUGCCCUACAGCGCUGUCCGCAACGACCAGUUCGGCCUCUCUCACUUCAACUGGUCGGUGCAGGGCGCCAACUACCAUGUCCUGCGCACUGGCUGCUUCCCCUUCAUCAAGUACCACUGUUCCAAGGCCCCCUGGCAGGACCUGGCGCGGCAGGACCGCUUCUUCACGGCGCUCAAGGUCAUCAACCUCGGUAUUCCAACUUUAUUAUAUGGACUUGGCUCCUGGUUAUUUGCUAGAGUCACAGAGACUGUGCAUACCAGUUAUGGACCAAUAACAGUUUAUUUUCUAAAUAAAGAAGAUGAAGGUGCCAUGUAUUGAAAAUGUGCAUUGGAGAACAUAAAUAUCAGUGGAUUUUCUCUUGUGUGUAUGUGCAAUAUUUAUUUUUGAUCCUUUAAAAUAAAACUUUUUGCAAACACCUUUUUCUUUCCACAGUGUCUGGUUCUUUAAGAUAAAUCAUUGCCCUCAAGAGGCAAAGCUUUUCAUACAUUGUUAUAUAUUGCAUACUUUGUUUAGCCAAAGGGAACUACAAACACAUGAAGCUUAUACCAGUUUUUUCCUAGAACUAGUUUAAACUACAAAUAAAAAAUGAUUAUAACCUAUAUGUAGAUUCUAUAGUUAGUUAUUAACCAUUUAAAUUGGCUCUUUGAAGAGAAAAUAUAGACACCCAUACCAAAGAAGGAAGAGGAAAAAUCUCUUAUAUAACAUUGGAAAAAGAAGUAGAGGAUUUUAGGAUAUACGGAGGAGAUAAUAUAAUUGGCAAAUCCAAUAUUGAUGAGAAUUCUAAUUGCAAUCUGAAAUCUAAACCUUUCAGCUGCCAGGAUUUUAAAUGGAAAUGUUUCAAAGCCUUUGUGCCAUUUACCUGGAUAAGAGGUCCAGGUGUAAUGUUGAAACUUCUUAUUGUCUAAAGAAUCAAAUACCAUACUAAUUUUU